GAUAACGCUGGAAAGCCGAAGCAUAAAUUACAGUGAUUGAGUGAAUUGUUAAUUCAAUUUUCAUUUAUUUAUUUAAAAGACAAUUGAUUAAUUUAAAUAUGGCUGAAGAGUGGCAGAGUCAAAAUUUUCGGCAAAAUGUCAUUUCUAAAAUCCAUGAUAUGUUGCCACAGAAUGGGCCGGAGCCCAAUAAAAAUGCUAGCAUGAUGGAAAAUCACAUAUUUCGCAAGUCACGCACCAAGGAUGAGUAUUUGGGGCUGGUGGCCAAGUUGUUUAUGCACUACAAGGACAUGUCGCAGCGCAAGUCCCAGGCACAACAGCAGCAACAACAACAACAGCAGCAGCAGCAGCUGCAACAACAGCAACAGCCACCGCCCAAUGCAGAGAUGGGACAGCAAAAUAUAAUGCAAGAUCCACUGAAUGCAUUACAAAAUCUGGCCAGCCAGGGCAAUCGGAAUCCUCAAUUGAUGCCAAUGGGCGGUGCACCUGGUCCAAAUCAAAUGGCUGGUCCUGGUGGACCAGGGACUGCCUCCAAUUUGUUGCAGACGCUGAAUCAGCAAAGGCCCGGGCAACAGCAAAUGCAACCGAUGCCGAAUAUACGCGGACAGUUGCCAAUGGGCGCUGGCGCUGGAGGCCAGCAAAUGGUUCAAGUACAGCAAAUGGCUGGGGGUAAUGGACCUGGUGGCGCAGGAGGCAUGCAGCUAAAUGCCAUGGGACCCGCUGUGGCGCAAGGCCAGGGACAGAUUGUAGGCAAUGCAGGCGGCAUGCCCAAUCAAAUGGUGGGCCCGGGACCGAAUAGUGGACCUACGGGCGGUGCAGUUGGCGGUAUGCCCAAUCAAAUGUCGCCGAUGGUGAUGGGCAUGGGCAAUCCGAUGAUGCGUCUAAAUCAAGGCAUGCAGGGCAUGCCGUCUAAUAUGCAACAGCAGCACAAUGUCGUAGGUGGCCCGGCUGGGCAGCAACAGGUGGGCGGGCCCGGUGGCUUGCCACCAAAUGCAGUGCAACAGGGCGGGGCUAUGAAUCCCAUGGGCGGCAUGAAUGUAAAUAUGCCACCAAACAUGCAGCAGAAGCCGAAUAUGACAAUGGGGCAGGCAGGCCAAAUGUUUCCGGGCAAUCGGGGUGGAGUUGUAGGUGGCCAACAGCAGCCGCAGCAGCCCUUUAUGCGCUCCAGUCCCUCGCCGGCGGACGCACAGCAAUUGCAACAACAGCAACAAUUGCAGCAGCUACAACAGCAGCAGCAACAACAGCAGCAGCAGCAGCAACAGCAGCAGCAGCAGCAGCAACAACAACAGCAGCAACAACAACAAUUGGUGGGUAAUCAGACGCCUACACAACAGCCACCCACCCCACAGAUGCCCACACCACAAAUGAUACCCAGCCCUGCAUUGGUGCCCCAGUCUAGCCCGCAAAUGAUGAUGCAGAACACACAGCGCAACAUACGGCAGCAGUCGCCAAGUGCAUCGAUCAAUACGCCCGGUCAAGUGACGGGCAACAGUCCAUUUAAUCCACAAGAGGAAGCGCUGUAUAGAGAAAAGUACAAGCAGCUAACCAAAUACAUUGAGCCACUAAAGCGCAUGCUGGGCAAGAUUAGCAAUGAUGGAACCAAUGUUGAAAAGAUGACAAAGAUGAGCAAGCUACUGGAAAUUCUCUGCAAUCCGACGCAGCGGGUACAGCUGGAUACGUUGCUCAAGUGUGAGAAGGCACUGGAGAAGAUGGAUCUAGUGUCCUACUCGGGUCAGCAGUUUGGCAAAUCAUCUAACCCGCUGCUAGAGGUCAUCAAUACUACGCUGCAAAGUCCGCUGGCUAAUCAUACAUUGCAUCGCACUUUCCGUCCCAGCUUAGAGCUGCUUUUUGGCACAGACAUUUGUGCGCCUGUGCCGGCCAAGAAACCGCACCUGGAGGAGAAGUCAUCGCCGUUCGAUCAAGAUGUGCCACAUGUAUUGCAGGGCGAGAUUGCGCGUUUAGAUACGAAAUUCAAGGUCAAGCUAGAUACGACUGCUCAAAACAAUAAUAAGACAAUACGUUUGAUCUGUUGCCUGGACGAUAAGUGUUUGCCCAGCGUUCCGCCGGUAAGCGUGAGCGUUCCAGAGGAGUAUCCAUGGCAAUCGCCCGAUUGCUCGCUCACCGAACAGGAAUACUCGGCUACUCCGUUUCUGCAGACCGUGCAACAAGCGCUGAUCGCCCGCAUGUCCAAGCUGCCUAAAAAUUAUUCACUGUCGCACCUACUGGACACCUGGGAAAUGGCCGUGCGCCAGGCCUGUUCGCCCCAAUCCAAGCCACGAGUCAUAUGUGAGCUGAGCACUCUACUGGGUGUAUAACUCGAAUCUCAUUUGAUUGGAAUGCAUAGUUAUAUUCAGUAUAUACGAGUACUAACUACAAUAGCAGACAUUUUAUAGAUGUGCUAAAUUAGGUUAAUGAUAAAGCUGAUAUGAUAUUGUAAUCCGCUGAAGAUAAGAUAUAGUCCAUAUGAAGCCUGAACGGUUAUAAUAGCUGAGUUAUAA